AUGGGCCCUCCGCCCGGUCAGCAGGGGUUGAUGGUUCCUCCGCCGAAUAUGCAACCGUCGUUUAUGACUUCGUCGGGCCCGUUUGGCCAGUUUGCAGCUCCUCCGCCGCCUGUGGGUCAUCGCAAGGUCCAGUCGUCGGUUACUGGUGGCAGCCCGUUUGGCAGUUUUAGUGGGCCAAUGGGUGGAAUUGGCCAGUCCGGUGGCCAGGGUCAAGGUGGUGGUGGCAGUAGUGGCGGCGGUCAUGGACCUGGUCAGGGGCCUGGUCAGGGUCCUGGCCAUGCUAGGAGACAUUCGUUGGCAUUGGCAGACGCUAAAAAGGCAGCUGCUUUGGUUCAGGCUAAGAGACAGGGAAAUUCCGGUGCUGCUACUGCUACUGCUGCUUCUGCUAGCGGCAGUGGCAGUGGUAGUGGAAGGUCCAGUGGCGGAAAUCCUUCUUCGUCGCCUCCUGGUUUGUCUCCUAGCAAGAAUUCCAUGCCUCCUCCAAGCUUUAAAUUCCCGUCGUCGCCUGAAAAAACCGCUUCUGCGGCUUCUGGCGGUGAUGGCAGUGGCAGUAGUGGGUACAGAGGCCAUAGUCGCAGUCAGAGUAUGCAAAAUAAUGGCGGGUCUAACUCGUCACGAGGAUUCCAGUUUCCUGCGAAGAUGACUGGACCUGAGUCUCAGUCGGGUGCAAGUGGUAGUUCGGAGUAUUCUGGUGAACGACGUGGAUCGAUUGGAGGUGGUGGCCAUCAGCAUCAACGAUCGGGAUCACGGAAUUUCGAUACCAACUGGCGGAAUAAUCAAGCGUCUGGUGGCUAUGGCGAUGUAAAUGCAGCAGCUGGUGGUGCUGGUGGAGGAGUUUCUAUGGCAGGAGGCAUGCUUGCACCUCCUACAAACCAGUUUAUUCCAAGUCACCGACCUCGUGGAUCGUAUAAUUCGUCGAUUUCAUCUUUGAACGCUUAUUCAAUGUACCCCAACCAGGGUCCUGGUGGAGGACAAGUUCAAGGAGCAGGUGGUCAGGCCAGAAAAUCGCUGUUUGCGCCGUAUCUUCCUCAGGCUUCACUUCCUGGAUUGCUUGAGGAGGGUCGUUUGGUGGCUGGUAUUCUUCGAGUUAAUCGUAAAAACAGAUCAGAUGCAUAUGUCUCGACAGAUGGGCUGUUGGACGCUGAUAUUUUCAUUUGUGGAUCGAAAGACCGCAACCGUGCUUUGGAAGGUGAUUUAGUGGCUGUUGAAUUGCUAGAAGUCGACGAGGUAUGGGGGUCGAAAAAGGAAAAAGAAGAAAAGAAAAAACGUCGUGAUGCUUCGAUGUUUUCGGAUGUCACGACUGGUAGUGGUGAUAUCGACGAUAAUAUCAAUGAUAACGGUAUUGGUGGAGCCGAUGGGGCUGGUAAUGGUGGUGGGUUUGGCGGUUCAGGUGGAUCUGGCGGGUCUGGUGGUGCUACUGGAUUGCGUCGUAAGGGCAGUUUGAAACAAAGACCGACUCAAAAGAAAAACGACGAUGUCGAGGUUGAAGGUCAGAGUUUGUUAUUGGCAGAAGAAGAAGAACUGACCGACGAGAUUAAACCGUUGUAUGCCGGACAUGUUGUGGCUGUUAUUGAACGAAUUCCCGGCCAGAUGUUUAGUGGAACUUUGGGACUAUUGAGACCUUCUUCACAAGCUACAAAAGAUAAACAGGCUGAAAAGAAAGACCAUCAUCGUAGUAAUACCAACUCGAACGAGGCUGAAUUUAAUAAACCCAAGAUUGUCUGGUUUAAACCCACUGAUAAAAGAGUGCCAUUGAUUGCAAUUCCUACUGAACAAGCACCCAAAGAUUUUGUUGAACGACACGAACAUUACGCUAAUAGAACAUUUGUAGCCUCGAUUAAAAGAUGGCCCAUUACUUCUUUGCAUCCAUUUGGCACGUUGGUUGAGGAAUUGGGUCAAUCUGACAGUACAGACAUUCAACUAGAAGCUAUUCUUCGUGACAAUAACUUUAGUUCUCAAAAGUUUUCCGAGUCUGUGCAAAAGGUGAUUCCUACGGUUGAAGAACAACAACAGACUGAAGCCAAACAAGAAGCUGCUGGUGCGAUUAAAAAUGUAUUUCCUUCACACCGCGACUUUAGUUCGGAAUUUGUCAUGGCAUUUUCCAGCAACGAUUUGCUAACUGAUGAAGCUAUUCAUAUUAAAAAAGUGUCAGAUGACCGUAUUACGUUGGGUAUUCAUAUUUCAGAUGUGACUCAUUACUGUAAAGAAAACUCGCCACUUGACCGGGAGGCCAAGAAAAGAGGGUCGGCCGUGUUUUUGAAACAGCGCGAUAUCCAUCUUUUCCCACCCGAGUUUCUCGAGAUUGCCUCGUUUGCCGUCGGCAAAACAAGUCCUACAAUCAGUGUGAUUUUCGAAAUCGACACGAGUACUUUUGACGUGGUUGAUACGGUUAUUUGCCAGGGUCUUAUCAACCCUAAACAAAAAAUCAGUUAUAAUGUGGUUGAAGAUAUCAUUUCGAAUAAUGACGAGUCGGCUGUAUCUCAAGGAGUGGCUAAUUAUAUCAAGACGUUACAAUUAUUGUCGUUGCGAUUCCGUAAACAACGACUUGACGAGCCUGCUUCAUCUGGGAUCAAGGAAGUGCCUAUUUUAGGUCUUCUCAACUUUCUUGAAGAAGAUAGUGUGAAAGUGACGGCCAGUUUGUUUGAUGGUAAACAGUCGCACCAGCUGUUUGACGAGAUUAAUAUCAAAGUCAAUACUGCUAUUGCCCAGAAACUGUAUGCAGUUUUGUCGUCGCGAGCCUUUUUAAGACGUCAUUCCGAACCCAUUCUGUCGAAACUCGAGUCAUUUGCAACUCUAGUGAGAAGUCUCGGUAUUGAUAUCGAUACGAGUUCGUCUGCUGGACUGCAAAAAAGUCUGUUUAAAAUCGAAUCUGACGAGGUCCGUAAAGCUCUUGAAACUCUGUUGUACAAAUGUAUGAACAAGGCCAAGUAUUUUGUAGCUGCCAAGGUCGACGAUGUAUACAGUCAUGGACACUACUGGCUCAACGUGCCCUUGUAUACACAUUUCAAUGCGCCAUUGCGAAGAUAUGCAGAUUUGAUUGUUCACCGACAAAUCAAGUCGGUGAUUAGUGGCACUGAAUACAAUGAAGACAUUUCGGCGCUUGCCACAUCGGCUGACUAUUGUAAUUUCAAAAAGGAUUCUGCCAAGAACGCUCAAGAACAGUCUAUCCACCUGUUCUUGUGUCAAGUGAUUGAAGGACUGUCUGCGUCUACGGGUCAAUUAAUCCGUGACUCGAUUGUUAUUCAAGUGUACGAAUCGGCAUUUGACGUUCUGAUCCCUGAAUUCGGUAUUGAGAAACGAGUUCAUGGCGACCAACUUCCACUUGUGAAAGCCGAGUUUCAUAAAUCCACACGACUUCUCGAGUUGUUCUGGGAAAAAGGAGUUGAUUCUGCCAAAUUCAUUCCCGAAGACGAACGAAACCUGCCUGCUUCACAACUGUCGACGAAAUACCACGCUUCAACUGCCGACUCGGCCACUGCUCAAGCCGCUGCUGCUCAAGAACAGACCGAGACUAUUACAAAAGCCAUUUCCAAACUAGCAGUUGAAGCCGCCGCUGCUUCUUCAUCAUCAACUUCCACAUCAGCUGUGUCGUCGUCGAGUGGACCAGCAGCGACAUCUCAACCGUCUUCUGGCCACGAAAUUCUCGGAACAGCGUCGGACGACGUUUCAAAGAGUUUACCAUCGUCGCCACGACCGGGCGAUUCUCACGAUAAAGGACCUCAACGAACUUCGUCUCUCAGCGAAAUGCACAGCACCACUGCCAGCGCCGGCGAGCACAACCGGGCCCUGGACGCAUACCUCGAGGGAGUCACGACCCGCAUCGAGGGCGACAACCACAUCCAAGAGAUCAGGGUCAUGCAACACGUCCCCGUGCUCAUCCGAGCAGAAGUCGGCAAAGGUCUGCCCUGCAUCACCGUGCGAGCCAUCAACCCAUUCCUCAAGGACUAA